AUGCACGCUCCCGUGAUCGCGCCGCUCCUGCUUGCCGUGUACUGGACGGUGAUGCUGCUGCUCUCUGCGCUGAUGGCGCCGCUGGCACUUAUCGACGGCAUAACCAAGGCGUGGGCCGAUGCGAGCGCCACCGAGGCGGCGCCGGCAGAGCGAGCAGGCCUGGCGAUCGUCGUCACGGGUUGCGACUCGGGAUUUGGGCGCUCGCUCGCCGUGGCGCUCGCCGAGCGCGGAUACACCGUUUUUGCGGGCUGCCUCUCCCCAGAGAGCGCGUCGUCGUUGACCGGGAUACACCGUCUUCGCGCCUGCAAGAUGGACGUCACGUCAGACGCCGACGUCGACAGCUGCGUGGCGGCGGUGCACGCGUGGGUGGAGGAGGGGCGCGGGGCGAGGAGGCUGCUCAGCGUCGUGAGCAACGCCGGCCGCGGCGCCGGCGGCUGGGUGGACUGGCUCUCGAUGGGCGACUACGAGAGCGACAUCGCCGUCAACUUCCUCGGCGUUGUGCGCGUGAGCAAGUCCUUCCUCCCGCUCCUCCGCCGCAGCGCCGCCGCCGCGGCAGGCAGUCCAUUUGCCGCGCCGCCGCGCCUCCUCAUCGUCUCGUCCAUGUCGGGCAAGCUGCCCUUGGCCAACGUGUGGGGCGUGCACGUGAGCACGGCGCUCCCCUCCUUCCACCGCACGCCGCUCACCACCGGCGGCGUGGGCGUGCUGGUGCGGAAGUGGACCUCGCUCGGCGGAGAGGCGAGGGCGCUCUACGGCGACCAUUGCGCCGAGUCCUGCUUCCGAAUCGCCGACGGGAUGAUGUCCGACUGGGCCUGGGAGCCAGAGCGCGUGACGGAGGCGCUCGCGCGCGCCGCCACCAGCCGCGGCGCGCCGCCCGCAGAGCUCAACCUGCUGCGGCACCUGCCUGCCGCCGCGCUCGAGACCGUCAUCUGGCGGUGGUACGCGAGCGAACUUGUGCCGCCGGCCGGGGCGAGCGCGGACGGGAAGGGGCGCGCGAGCUGA